AUGGCGACCACUCUACCCUCCUUGGCUAUUCCAGGUCAGCGCUUGGCGCCAGUGUCCUCUUACUCUGCAGGACCAGGUACCCACGUGCAGAAUGCCAACAUUUAUGCAUCCAUUGCUGGUCCAGUGGUUGUCCAACAAGCUCAACCCAGCUCCAAAGUAAAAUCUAUCGUCAGUGUCUCGCGGAACCUGCCAAGGAAGACAGACUCUUCUACCUCGACCACACCUGCAAAAACCACCUCUACCACUACGAAACCGAAAUUGAGGUACAACACCCUCCCCGCUGUCGACUCAAUUGUGUUAGCGCGCGUCACCCGUGUCCAGAAACGCCAGGCCACAGUCUCCAUCCUCGUUGUGCUCGACGAGUCGGCCAGUUCCCAAACCCCCGAUCCGUCGAAGACGGCUUCAGACAACGAUAACAUCGUCUCCAUCCUCACUUCGGCGGCCAAUCCUGAGAACCACAGUAGCUCCGACGAGCUUCGCUUCCAGGCACUUAUCCGGAAGGAAGAUGUGCGUGCUGUCGAGAAGGAUCGCGUCGUGAUGGAUGAGAUGUUCCGUGUUGGAGAUAUUGUGCGUGGUUCCGUCAUUUCCCUGGGUGAUCAGAGUUUCUAUUAUCUUACCACUGCACGCAAUGACCUUGGCGUCGUCAUGGCCCGUAGUGAGGCUGGCAAUAUGAUGUUUCCCGUUAGCUGGAAAGAGAUGAGAGACCCCGUCACUGGUGCUGCAGAAUUGCGAAAGGUUGCUCGGCCGUUUUGA